AUGGUAGCCUUAUUCCAUGACAUGAUACAUAAAGAGGUUGAAGUCUAUGUUGAUGAUAUGGUUGCCAAAUCGAUGGAAGGAGAAAGUCAUAUGGCUAUCCUUCGAAAGCUAUUCAAGAGGUUGCGGUUCACUGGAAUUUCCAGUGCUGCUGACCCUAAUUCGAAAAAAAGCUGGGAAGAAUUGACUGCGAAUUUUUGCUUGAAAAUUGGACUGUAUAACCUUCUGUGUUUUGAAAGUUUCGGGACUUGCAAAGAACUUGGUGAAAAUUAUAUUGAAUUUAGAGAUCAAUACUUAGAGUUCUUAGCAUCUUCUUCUCUUCCAAACACCAUAGUUGAUAAUUCUGUGAUUUUGGACAGUAUGGCUGAUAGAUUGCAUGGUAAUGAACAUGAAAUACCUGCUAGGAGGAGAAUUAGAGAGAUGGUAGCACCCACUGACACAUUUAGACCUAGUGGCUUGUUUUUGAAUUUACAAGAACAAAAUGAGUAUGAAAUCAAACCUUCAUUGAUUAAUGCUUUGCCAAAAUUCCAUGGCCUUGUAGGUAAGGAUCCUAAUAGGCAUCUUCAAAUACUUGAGAGGGUUUGUUCAACCAUGAAGCCUCCCACAGCAAACUUGGAGAAUUUGAUGCUCAAGGUCUUCUAUUUUACUCUUGAGGACAAAGCAAUCACAUGGUUCAAUACUCUUGCCACAAGAACCAUCAAUUCUUGGGUGGAGAUGCGAAAUUGCUUCCUUGAAAAAUAUUUUCCAGCAACAAAGUAUUCCCAACUAAGGAAGCAAAUCAUGGGGAUUCAACAACAACCUCAAGAAUCUCUUUAUGAGUAUUGGAUGAGGUUUCUUGAGUUGCUUGCAAAGUGUCCAUACCUAAAUGUGGGCAAGGAGUUCCUCAUUGAUUAUUUCCAUGUGGGGUUGCAAAUUCAUGAUAGAGAGACCAUAGAUGCUGCUGCAAAUGGAUCUCUAUUGGAUCUUCCACCGGAUGAUGCAUGGACCUUGUUGGAAAAGCUUGCAAAUAAUAACCAACAAUAUAGCUCAAGAGAUGCAAGGGGUGUUCACCAAGUAGGCCAAUCUUCUAUUGCUAAUUCCCAAUUGGAGGAUAUCUAUUCUCAAUUGGGUUUUCUCAAGAUGUCUAUCUCCAAUCCUCCACAAGUUCAGAUUGCUUCUAUGUCCAAUGCUCUAGUGGCUCCUAUUUGUGGUAUAUGCAAUUCCACAAUGCAUAUCACCUCUAAUUGCAUGCAUGCUCAAGAUGUUGGGGCUGUGUAUCAACAACAAAGGCCCUACAAUUAUCAACAUAAUCAAGGGGCAAGGAACAAUUUUGAGGCUAACUAUGGGAGCACAUAUAACCCAAGUUGGAGGCAGCACCCUAACUUCAGCUACAAGGGUAAUCAAGAGGUUGUGCAAGCCAAGAAUUCUCAAGUGAUCCCUAUUCAAGAUGGUGGAGGUGAUAAACAAAUGGCAGAAUCAAAAAUGAACAUGAUGCUUAAGAGGCUAGAUAAUCUUGAAUCAAAGCAACAAAGCACUGAUUUGGUGGUACAACAAUUUAGGAAUUCAAAUAGCAUUAGCCAAGCUCAAGGAAGUGGAAAGCUCCCAACUCAACCUGUCAUCAAUCCAAAGAGCCUAAGUGCAAUUGAGUUGAGAAGUGGAAGAGUUCUUGAAGCCAUUCCAAGUGCCUCAAACCAUAGUGGCAACAAGCCUAAUGAGGUUAUUUCAAGGAAUUCUCAAAUUUGUGAAGGAAGACCACUUUCUCUUGCUGAUCCACAUGAUUCCACUUGCUGUGACAGCAAGCUAAAUAUGCAUCCAAGUGCCUCACAUAGCCUCAAGAACAUGCCUCCUACUUCUCUAAGUCCUCAAGUGAUUGAUGAUGAGGAUGACUCUAUUGAAAAGAUUGUAGUUGAGGAUGAAAAUGGGGAAAGAUCAGCCCUGAAUGCUCAAGAAAAAGAGGCAAUUGAGAAUGAUUCAAGCAAGCCUAAGGAGAAAGAGGUGUUGGGAAGAAGAGAGCCUCCAAAAGAAUAUCAAAUUGGGGACCCUAUUCCAAGGGAUAUGCCAUUCCCUAAGGCCUUGACUAGAUUUGCUAAGAAAGGGCAAGAAGAAGAUAAGCAUGAUGUGUUUGAUAUGUUGAAGAAGGUGGAAGUUAACAUACCACUUCUUGAGAUGAUAAAAAGCAUGCCUAAGUGUGCAAAGUUUUUGAAGGAGUUGUGCACUAAUAAAAGGGGAUUCAAACCAUUAGUUACAGUUCAAAUGAGUCCUAACAUUAGUGUUGUCUUCAAGCCACAGCUCCCUCUAAAGUAUAGAGAUCCAGGGGCAUGUACCAUUCCUUGUCAAAUAGGGAAUGUGUUUGUUCAAGAAGCCUUGAUUGGCCUAGGGGCAGCCAUCAAUAUGAUGCCCACUCACAUUUAUUCUUCCCUUAAUCUUGGUGGUCUUCAAGAUUGUAGUGUCAUCUUGCAACUAGCUGACCGGAGCACUAGGAAGCCUAAGGGAUUCUUGGAAGACAUCUUAGUGAAGGUCAAGGACUUGAUUUUUUCAGCAGAUUUUUAUGUGUUGGAUAUGCAAGAAGGAGGCCAAGGCACACUCAUCCUUGGGAGACCUUUUAUGAUGACAUCAAGUACUAUAUUGAACAUGAAGGAAGGUAAACUUACCAUGGAGUUUUUGGAUAGCAAGAUUGAAUUUAACAUAUUUGAUAGCUUGAAAAACUCUUAUGUUGAUUAUAGCCUUCAUUUUGUGGAUUGCAUUGAUGAUACACUUGAUGGAAUUAUUGAUGAGAUUUCUAUGCAUCCUAGCUUGGAUGAUGAGCUUCACUUGUUCAUACACUCAUGA